CAAGUCUAGAACGAUCAAAUAUUUGUCUGGUCGAUCAUACUUUAUGUACUACAAGUAUGCUUUAUAUUGACAUGAUUUCUUUCUUUCUUAUAUUAGCGCCCUUGAUUUCAUUAUUCUUUUUUUAUAAACAAAUGCUUAAUUUGUCAUAAAUCAAAAUGUCAGUUUGGAUAUAAAAUCUCUGUAGACUUUUAUUUUCUUUUGUUCUUUAUUCAUUUAUCAUCAUGACACACUAUUCGUAUUCAUCAGAACGAUUGCCUAGUAUUGCUAUGUUGAACCAUACCUAUGUCCCAUGUCACUUUAGCAAAUCUCUUGUUGUAUCUCCCCCUUUGACACCUCUUGUAUCACCUUCUACUUCAACCUUACAUGACUAUAAAAUAUGCCUAGAAAUAAAAAAGGCCACAGCAACGACAACAACAUAAACAUGUAUGUCACUUUCAAUUUUGCGGCUGGAGUUUCAAACGCUAUGAACAUUUGAAGCGGCACAUGCUGGUCCAUACAGGUGAAAGACCUUAUGUGUGCCAUUUCCCUAGUUGCGGUAAAAGUUUCAGCCGCUCAGACAACUUUCACGCUCAUUACCGCACGCACACUAAAAUUAAAAAUGCUGCUCGAAAGAAGAAGAGCGAUACAAGGCCAAAUGUAACCACAGGUGAUGAUCCAAGUAGCUCCUUUUCAUUAUUGGCCAAUCACUAUAAACCUCAGCAACAGAACAUUCUGACUUCAAAUUGUCAUGUUGCUAGUACUGUUGCGGCAAAUGCAGCGGCAGCAGUAGUAGCAGUAUCACAACAAUUUGGAUCUAGUAGUGUGUAUUAUAAUACCCAUUUGCAUCAUCACUCAUCUUCAGAGAUGAUAGAUUUUACAAGAAAUAAUCAUAGUAACACAACAUUUCAAAAUUAUGGCAUGUUAAAUUUUGAUAUGCCAAAGUGCUCUUCUUCUCCUCCUAUUAGCCCAGUCUCUUCAGCCGCGUCUUUAUCAUUAUUAAAUCAUGAAAUAUCACCACCUGAUUCAUACCAACCUUCACCUUCACCCAACCCAAUCUAUGCAUUUCCUUACUCUGUUCAAACAGACAUUCAGUACAGCACUACAAAGAGGUCCCAAACCAGUAUCAAGUCACAUGCAUGUCCAGUACUACAAUGUCUUCGCCGCUUCAAGAGACUAGAGCAUUUGAAGCGACAUAUGCGCAUACACACGCUGGAAAGACCUUUUGCUUGUACUUUUCCUGGUUGUCAAAAGAAGUUUUCCCGAUCCGACAACUUAUCUCAACAUACCAAGACCCAUCAAAAGCACCAAGAAAAGAAACGAAAAAAGAAAGAGUAA